GUAAGCCUAAAAGUUAAAAAAGAUAAUUUUUGGAUUAAAUUGCUCUCUGCUUUACUGCUUAAACAAUCAACAACAACAAUGUGUCAAAAAAAUUUGAUCUUUUUCAAUCUUAAUCACAAUCAUGGCUUUUAACUUAAAAGGUGGGAAUUAUGGGCAUCAUUCUUCAUCACAUGGUUAGAUAUCUGAAAGCGACUUGUAAAGCUUACAACCUUUGAACUCAUCAUUCAUUCAUCGUACGUUUUAAUCAUUCCACUGUUUCUAAUUUUUCUUUUCAAGAUUUCAUUUUUUUUGGAGUAUUUUGUCAAUUGUUGUUCUCUCGUUCAUCUUCUUCGUUACUGCUUCAAAGGGGUCGGUUUAGCUAGUCUAAGCUCCAGCCGCCAUUUUUGUUUCCUGGUAGUGUUUGAUAGUUGCAGCAAUUUUUUCCCUCAUUUGAUAGAAUUCUGACCCAUUUGGUUAGUCCUUUCCAUUUUGAACCCUGCAGCUUAGAUCUGACACUUUCUAUAUUUCUUAUGUUAGUUUGUUGUUGGCUGGAUUUUUCAGUUUCAUUGAUGGAUGAGAUGAAAUGUUUAAUUGGAUGGAAUAUAUGCAUUUUGUAGCCGUAGGAUGUUUCUUGCUGAAUUCGCUUCUCUGACUGUGGGUUGAAAUUUCGUCCGGAUUUCUUGCUUCUUUGCUUUGAAUUUGCAUAAUAUUGCAUCGUCUGUAUUUGAUUUGAGUGAAAAAUCUGACAUUGGUAUCCUUUUUAUUGCAUAACUGGGAAGUACUGGGAUUUUAGGGGAUUUGGAUAUUUUUCAGAGUUUGUCUUAAAUGCUCUGCACUACAGUAAGAUCUUGCACCGUGCAUUUGAUUUCCUUUACUUGAUACCAGCUUUAUUAGGUCACUUCUUUAAAGCUAGUCGUCCCCCAAUUGUUUCAACCAAACUUUUCAAUAAUCCAUAUUCAUAGCAUGAUGACUGUGAUCUUUAAUGAACAAGUUUUGCCAGCUCAGUAACAACUAAAAAGUCAUACAGUCCGGUGGUUGGCUACUGCCUACUGAUAGUCUGAUACUGCAAUUUUUUUAAAUUCUUGGUUAGCUUUGAUUAUUUUUUUUUUUUAGCUUGAUGUCAAGUCUUUGUGUCUAUCCUCUGAUUAAUAAUCAUGUUAGUAGUGAUGAUCUCCUUGUGGUUUACCUAUUCUCAAGAUGUAUGUUAGUUCUGCAAUUGAUUCUUUCAUGAUGUUGAUUCACAGUUGAUCAUAGUAUAGCAAACAUUGAUCACCAGGCUAACUUAUUGUAAUGUCUUAAGCAAGUUGAUGAUAUUUCUUAUAUGGCGAAGGAUCACCUAUGUAUCAUUUUCCCCAUUUUGUCUAAAUAUGUGUUAGCUCAUUUAAAGACCUCUUGUCGCCAGUAGUAUGACUGUGCACUAGAAGAUGAUAAUAAAAGAAAAUUUUGCUUGCAAAUGUUCAUCUUGGAGAUGUUUAUCUUUCAGUAAUAACUAUGCAGAACAGUAUGUUUGGAGAUAUCAAUUGUAUCUCUUACAUGAUGAAUGCUAUUGCCCUGCAGGUCUAAGACUGAGUUUGCUGAAUAUUUCUUGAAAUCUACUUUAGAAAUUCAAGAGUCUUGAGUUGUAAUUGAGACUAGAAAAGAAAUGGUUCAGACACUAGAAGGGAUCAAGGGAGGAGGAGGCUCUAUCAAAGUUGGAACUACAGGUACCAUCGGCGCUCUUAUGUCAAGGGAAUUAGACUCCAUAAAACCCGCGCUUCAGAAACCUGCAUCCUUCAAAAAGACUUCCCCUUCCAACUCUGCUUCAAUUGCUACCGGUGCUGCCACUAAAAGGACAUUGAAGCCUAGACCCCAGCCUAAUGAAGCAAGCUGCAGCGGCAAAAAUGCAACUGGUUCCAUUAACCGUGAAAUCAUCCCAAAGGCGAAGCAUUACAACCGAAGGAGUAAUCAAAUUCCAAUGCUUGACUCUGAGAACAUUUCAGUGGAUGGAACACCUAUCAGACAAAAACCAGACAAGAGGCUUUCUUACAUGGUUGAGGUUGUUGACAUAAAAUGUGGGAAGGCAGAAAGAGCAUGGGCAAGCCCUAUAACCAAUCGCCUGAAGAAAAUUGGGUUUUCCAAGCUUUCCGAGAGCAUUAUCUAAGUCUGCAGACUCUUCGCGUCAGCCUUCAAGUUCCUUUGCCAGAGAAUCAAGUUUGAUUUUUGUGGAAGAGCUACUUGCAGAAGGCUUAUCUACUUCAAGCUGACUGCUACCAUUGAGAGAGCUUUCUGGAGGACCUAAUUCGAGCUGGUUGAAGAAUUCGAUUUCUUGUAGUAUGAGGGAUCCAACAGUACCUCUUGUACCUAUUUCGACAGGAGUAGGUUUCACUAUCAUUUUCAUCGGCAUUUGUAGGACAUUGCUAGUGGAUUUACAUACCAUCUUCUGCUUCAAUGCAUUGGCAGGAGGGUGAGUUGAGGUUUGUUCUGGUUGAAGAGAGGAAUUUUGGGGAGUUGUCUUGGUGGGAGAAGUAGUGGUUGGAGUGUGUGGCAUUUUGGUGAGGUUUAACAUCUUGUUGGGGAUUUUUUUCACAUGAAUUCCCAACCUUACCUUCUUUAUCUAAGGCUGUGGGAUUGGCCUUGAUUAUAUAGGGUAUGGCCCCUGUAUGGGGAUGGAGACAAUAUUCAUUGUAUUCAUGUGUAGCUAGUUUGAUACAUUAAAGAUAAUUUAACUCUUUGUACAAAUCUUCCUAACCACUUUGUCUCAUCACAUCUUAACUUUUUUAAUCUUUGGUUGAUGGUGAACAUUCAUUUCCUUGUACAAUCAAGGUUUUAUUGCUGAGCUGAAUUGGUAUGUGAAUGUGAUGCAAG